AUGAAGUUCGGUGCUGAGCUUGAUGCGAAAAUAUAUGAACCGUGGCGAUCAUCUUAUUUACAAUACAAUAAGCUCAAAAUCGAGUUUAAACGUCGACAAUUGAGUUACGGUUGGCAACCGCAAGACGAAAACGAGUUUAUCAAUGCCUUGGAAAAAGAAUUGGAACGCGUGUAUACAUUUGUCAAAUCACGAUUACGGGAUUUGCAUAAACGGACGACGGACAGCGAAAUCGCUUUAGCUUCGGCGACCACUGGACCGACCUUUGACGGGGUUGCCGAUACCGUCGCGGAAAUUCUUUUGGAUGUGAACGAUGUGGCGCGAUUCCAUCAUUUGAACAUGACCGGGUUCGAGAAAUUGGUAAAGAAACAUGACCGCUGGACAGCUACACCCAUGAAACCGUAUUUCCGUGAUACCAUGCUUAAAAAAUGGCCGCUCGAUAAACUGCCUACAUUUGACGAGCUGAUUGUGCGGCUAUCCAAUAUUCACGAUGCGUGCCAACUCCAUGGUCAGCGACGCGCCGACGCUUACGGCCAAGGCAAAGACCAAACCGCCUUUGAACGGGCCACCGCCAAGUACUGGAUUCACCCGGAUAACGUUACCGAAGUGAAAUCCAUCAUCCUUUUUCACUUGCCCGUCCACGUCUUUAACCGAAAGAAACAAUUCGAAGCCGCCGAUGCCGCCGUCUCCAGUGUGUACUUUGACAAUGAUGCUUUCGAUCUGUACUCGGAACGAUUAGACCGUGCCGAAGGCGGCGAAGCCAUUCGGUUCCGCUGGUACGGCCAAGACAAUCGUAACAUUUACAUUGAACGAAAGACCCAUCAUGCACCUUGGUUCAACGGCCACUCUGUCAAGGAUCGAUUUCGGCUCAUCGAAGAUCAAGUCAAUUCCUAUGUGCAAGGCGAGUACACCGCCAACGACAUUGCUCGAGAUUUGCGUGCCAAGGGAAAGCUGGACGAGGUCGCCAUCGAGGAUAAUCAUUUUGUGGCCAGUGGAAUCCAGCACUCCAUCCAAGCGCGCCGCCUUCAGCCUAUGUGUCGUGUCUUUUACAAUCGCACCGCCUUUCAACUGCCUGGAGAUCAACGCUUACGUCUAAGCCUCGACUGCAAUCUUACAUUUAUCCGGGAAGACACGCUUGAUGGGAUCCGACGACGUCCUGCCGCGGAUGGUCGAUCCAACUGGCGCCGUACCGAUGUAGGCAUCGAUUACCCGUUUCGCUACGUGGAUGACAAGGACAUUUUACGGUUCCCGUAUGCUGUGCUUGAAACCAAGAUUCAGAACCAUCUGGGGCAGCAAGUGCCGGCAUGGUUAACCGCCUUAUUGGAGAGCCAUCUUGUGCAUGAAGUCCCUCGGUUCUCCAAAUAUCUUCACGGUGCGUCGCAGCUGUUUGGCAACCGUGUACCUACGGCACCUUGGUGGCUCAGUGAAUUGGAAUUGGAUAUCCGAAAACCACCGGUGGCCAAUGUCGGUUUAUCACGGUCGAUGAGUUUGAAGCCGUUGGUCAAUGGCCAUCAUCGACGCUCCCUCGUGGAGGCGCCCCCUCGAGAAAAGAAAAUACCGCAUAUUGCAAUCAACUUGGAUGCCAGCGAACCGGAAAGAAAACCAGGGCUUCGAACCACCGACAGCAAAGAUGGCAAACGCGAUAUUCUUUCGAGAAUCUGGCUCCAUCCCGCCUCGCUGGCUAAAUUAACGCAAGAAAAAGGAUUCAUGGGUCAACCACCGACCCCACCCGCCAAAGAUUUGCCAUCGUACAAACCACCCAUGUCCAGAACCGUUCCUCCACGUCGCCGCACCGAACCCAAAACAUUUUUUGCCAACGAACGUACCUUUAUAUCGUGGCUGCAAUUCUGUGCCCUCUUGCUGACGGUAGCUCUUAACCUGCUCAACAACGGUGAUCGAAUCUCUCGCAUUAUUGGCGCCAUCUUUAUUAUCAUUUCCUCCUUGUUAUCCUUUUAUGCACUGGGAAGGUUCCAGUUCAGAGCCUGGCAACUGCGCACGGGCCGCAACAUCAUCCGGUAUGAUGAUAUAUACGGGCCCACCAUCCUUUGUGUGAUGCUGGUUACGGCGCUUAUCUUGAAUUUUUACCUCCGAGCUCCUACCCUCUCCAGCAAUGCGCCGGGCGCGACGAGCAACAAAUAA